UAUAUAUUUUUACGUUUGUUUACGAAAACAAGACAACACGUCCGUAACUUAACUAUGAAAUUUGCACAAAAACAAACAAUUGCUGUCUAGUGUGACGUAAUCGAUGUACAUAAGGUACUAUGUUAAUGUGCGGCUAUAUUGCGUUAACAUUAACAUUGGCGUUAACUUUGUAUAUAUCCGCCGCACACAUUGCCGAAAAGUUGAUAAACAAAUUGAUAUGGCUGUGGUUGUGUUGGACAAUGGUGCCUACACAGCCAAAGUGGGACUGGCAACGCAGGACGAGCCCAAAGUUGUGCCCAAUUGCAUUAUGAAAGCGAAAAGUGAACGUCGACGCGCAUUUGUCGGCAAUCAAAUCGAUGAAUGUCGCGACACCUCAGCGCUUUUCUACAUCCUCGCGUUUCAGCGUGGAUAUCUGCUGAACUGGGACACCCAGAAGACCGUGUGGGAUUACAUAUUCAGCAAGGAUGGCAUCGGCUGUUCGCUGGACAAUCGCACCAUUGUUAUCACUGAACCGCAAAUGAAUUUUCAGAGCGUUCAGGAGGCGAUGCUCGAGAUGCUGUUCGAGGAAUAUCGGAUUGGAGGCAUGUAUAAGGCGACCGCUGCCGAUUUAGCUGCCUUUAACUAUGUGGCGGACAGCGAGGAGCGGACGACAAUGCAAACGCUUAACUGCAUCAUCAUCGAUGUUGGCUACAGUUUCACGCACAUUGUGCCAUUCGUUUUGGGCCGCAGAGUGCUUGAGGCGAUACGGAGAAUUGAUAUUGGUGGCAAAGCGUUAACGAAUCAUCUCAAGGAGCUCAUCUCGUAUCGCCAGCUGAAUGUGAUGGACGAGAGUCAUGUUGUCAAUCAGAUCAAGGAAGAUGUCUGCUACGUGGCCGAGGACUUCAAGGAUGCGAUGAGUGUGCAUCAAAGCGAACAGCGGCGCAAGGAAGUUGCCGUCGAAUAUGUGCUACCCGAUUUUACGACCGUAAAGCGCGGCUAUAUCCGUGUGCCCGGCCAGCCGCGUUACGAUGAGGACCAGCAACAGAUGGUGCCGUUGUGCAAUGAACGCUUUACGGUCCCAGAGCUGCUCUUCAAUCCCUCAGACAUUGGCAUCAGCCAGGUAGGCAUACCGGAGGCAGUUGCCGACGCGCUCCAAGCGUGUCCGUGGGAGGCCCAUCGCGAGCUGCUGCUCAACAUCUUGAUUGUUGGCGGUAGUGCACAGUUUCCCGGCUUUCUGCCGCGUCUCAAACGCGAUCUGCGCGCCCUUGUGCCCGACGAUCUGGAGGUGUCGCUCAUCUGUCCUGAGGAUCCGGUGCGCUAUGCCUGGUACGGUGGACGCGAGGUCGCCACCAGUCCCAACUUUGAUGAGUUCACUUACACGCGCUACGAUUACGAGGAGUUCGGCAUCCAUGGCCUGCAGCAACGCUAAGUCCUUACAAAGCCAUCUACCUUAGCUCAUUAAUGAUUAUUAUUAAUUUUUGUUAGUUUUAGUUACCUAUAAGUAUGUA